AGCAACGCGCUGGAGAAGUGUCAGAUCGUGGGCAGAGGGCGAGCAGUUUGACAGUCUACAGCGUCACAGGGAGACAAAAGCCAUGAUGACUAUGGACUGGACGUGGUCGUCGAUCUCAUUCUGGGUCAUCCUACAGACCGGGAUAGUACUGGUAGUGUAUCUGUGGGGAACAUGGAACCACAACCAUUUCAAGAAAAGGAACGUGCCUUAUAUCACACCUGUUCCAUUCUUCGGUAACAUGAGACCAGCCAUAUACAACAAGAACAAGGAACAUUUCCCAGACUACAUACUGCGAGCCUACAGGGAGCUGAAAGGUCAUCCGUACGGCGGUACGUUCAACUUUAUGCAACCUGUGAUCAUCCUUCGGGACCCCAAACUCAUCAAAACCAUCACAGUGAAAGACUUCGAUCACUUCAUCGACCACAGGUCCUUUUUCAACGAAGCUACCGAGCCACUCUGGGGGAAAUCACUCUUCAAUUUGUCAGGUCAGCGUUGGAGGGACAUGAGGUCCAUACUGAGUCCUGCCUUCACAUCCAGCAAGAUGAAAACGAUGUCCCUGUUGGUAUCAGACUGCUGCCAACAGUUGGUAGACUUCCUAGAGCAGUGCUACGAACAGCCACCUGAACAGGAAUGUCAUAUUCAGAAAGGUACCACGAGUUUAAUUUUGAUCCCGUACCGCGUAUACAUCGAUUUUAAGGCGAGAGAAAUCACGAUGAUAGAGUCGCUAUGGGUAUGGACCCUGGGCACCAGUCUUUUAGCCGUAGUUGUGUACGUAAUUGGUACUUGGAAUCACAAUCACUUCUCCAAGAGGAAUAUACCUUGCCUCAAGACCGUCCCAUUUCUUGGCAACAUGGGACCAGUGGCACUUCGGAAAGUAUCGUUCCCUGACUUUGUUGUUGACUUGUACAACAAGCUUGAAGGCCAUAAAUAUGGUGGUGUGUAUGAAUUUCUGAAUCCAGUUGUACUGUUGCGAGAUCCCGAGCUCAUAAAAAUGGUGACCGUGAAAGAUUUUGAGCACUUUCUGAAUCACCGUUCUUUUAUAGACGAAAAUGUCGAACCACUGAUUGGAAAGUCGCUGUUUGGUCUUGAAGAAAGUGUAACGGCUUAUACACUUGUGAUUUAUGUUACAGAAACGCUACGCUUGUAUCCUCCUGUUGUGACGAUAGACAGAAAAUGCGUAAAGACAUACACAUUGCCUACUGAGCCAACUUAUACCCUGAAGCCUGGAGAUGGGGUCUGGAUACCUAUUUAUGCCCUACAUCAUGACCCAGACUACUUCCCUGACCCUGAGAAAUUUGAUCCUGAAAGGUUUAGCGAUGAGAAUAAACAAAGCAUUAAAAACUUCACAUCCCUGCCAUUUGGGUCUGGCCCAAGGAACUGUAUUGGGAGCCGAUUUGCACUUAUGGAAUCCAAAAUAGCAUUGGUCCAUAUAUUGUCCCGCUUCAAUCUGACAGUGGUCUCCAAGACACCCAUACCAAUACAAAUAACCAAGAAUGGAUUCAAUAUGACGGUGGACAGGGGAUUCUGGCUGGGUCUUGAGCUAAGAGUCAAGAACUAAGACAGCGACAGAAAACCAAUCAAAUGUAUGAACAAUAAUAAUUUUCUAUUUACAUGUUAUCAUAGAAAGUCAUGAAUCAAUAAUUCUGACACCAUGCAUGUAGUUAAAUCCAGAAAUCAGGAAUUAACCAUAUUUCUUUAUUAAUUCUUAUGCUACUUCAUGUAUAUAUGAUUUAACUACCUCAUCAUAUUUUUAUCUGAUGAGAGUUCCUUACUUAUGUUUCAUACUUAACAUCCUGAAUACCAACCUUGUAAGCCCAUAAUUUACUUCAUUUAAUCAGUAAGACUGGAUCAUAGAUAUGUCUGUUAUACAUAUCACAAAAGAUUAGAAAAUCUAAUCCAUCUGCUGAUCAACUACCAAUACUGGUACUGAGUAGAUAUAUUUUAAUGUAUUUUUAAAACCUGUAGUAUUUCUUAUGAAACAUCCAAUACUUAAUAUGUUAUAUGGAAUGGACAUUAAAUAUAAAUUUUCCUUUGUGCCGAAAAACCUUGGAAAGUUCAGAACAGUGUGCUUGUUGUUGUGGCUUAUGUCAUCUCCCUUCACCUUUCUCCAGUAAGGAGAUGACAAUAUCAGCUGAAUUACCAGACUGUACUCACACUACACCAUAAGACAGUUUUACUAUGCACUCCUAAAAUAUUAUGCUCAUUAUUACACAAUAUUGUUUGUUUCCUUCCCACUGUGAUCAACUUUUACACAUUAAUUCACCAUGUGCUGAAUCAUUAAGUCACAUUAAUUAUGGCAACAAUGUAGCUGCAGAGUGAAGAUCAGCAAAUGGCAGAGCAUGUUUCUCAGCAAAUGGUGAAGAAACUAUUCUAAUAUAGGUGUGGAAGUGGAAUCUCCAUAAGUCAAAUAGUUUCCAGGGUUUUUAAAUGUUACCCACACUAUAGUAAUAUAAUUUUCUUUGUGGUAUAACUUACUGCAUAAUAAGUGCAUUAGAAAGUAAUACAAUAUCCUACAAUUAAAUGAGUUCUCAGUGCUAACAUACUUUUAAUGGUCAGUUUUGUCACAGGAAUUUGUAUUAUAAUCAAAGAAUAUGUCAAAUAUAUCAAUAUAUUUUGAAGUAAAA